CGGUCGUGUCACGCUGAUAAGGUGUUCCCCAGUCCUGGGAUACUGUUACCGAGACGCUUUGCGGCACAGCUUGUUACCUUUCACUUUCGCACAGAGGGUGGAGGGAGGUCUGCCGAACGCCUGUUGGAUUUUAUUCCCUUGCUGGCAGACUGCUACGCGCAUAUACGUCCUCCCAUUGCACCGCAGAGGAAGAGAGCGAGUGUCUCCAUGAUGUCAUCAUAUUAUCAUACGGGGAAAGAAACGGACAUGGCGACUAUGGCGGAACCGCUAUGUCUAGAGAGAGAUAUCUGUCGGGUGAUUGAGUUGCUGGACAGGCUGCAGAGGAGUGGGGAGCUGCCUCCACCCAAACUACAAGCCCUCCAGCGAGUUCUCCAGAGCAAGUUCUGUGCUGCAAUCAGAGAGGUAUACGAGCAGCUCUAUGACACUUUGGACAUUGUAGGGGGGCCUGAAGUGCGAGCCCAGGCCACAGCCAAAGCCACUGUAGCGGCAUUCGCCGCCAGUGAAGGUCACGCCCACCCUCGAGUGGUGGAGCUGCCGAAAACGGACGAGGGGCUGGGCUUCAACAUCAUGGGGGGGAAGGAGCAGAACUCCCCCAUCUACAUCUCCCGGGUCAUCCCUGGGGGGGUCGCAGACCGGCAAGGAGGGCUGAAGCGGGGCGACCAGCUCCUGUCCGUUAACGGCGUGAGUGUGGAGGGCGAGCACCAUGAGAAGGCAGUGGAGUUGCUGAAGGCGGCUCAGGGCUCAGUGAAGCUGGUGGUCAGGUACACCCCAAAGGUCCUGGAGGAGAUGGAGGCCCGGUUUGAGAAGCUCAGGAGUGCAAGGAGACGCCAGCAACACACCAGCUACUCGUCUUUGGAGUCCCGUGGUUAGCCAGUGGUCUCCUCACUCCUCGUUCCAAAGAGCUGCCCGACUUCAGUCCGCCAGGAAGGCAUGUGGUUGUCAUGUGAGAGGAAGUCAGCAUAGGGCUGACUUAGCUGUGUUGUUUGUAUGUUGGUCUAAUAUCUCCAUCUAAAAGUAAAACUUUACUACCGUAUACGCAUAGUUGUGUGUUGGAGCAUAUCUCCCCGUCAGAAGAUCCCUUUUUUUCUAAUUUUGUAUGUGAUUUCAGUACCUAGAGUAUGGUGUUAGUGCUGAUCGGAGAGAUGAGCUAACUUGCAGUAGCGUCUAAAACUGUAUAUAUCAGUACAUAGUGCAUACCUCCUGGCAGACUAGUGCAUGCAGAUCUGUGGUGCACUUCCCAGACCAGCUGGAAAGGCAGAGUUAAUCGUUCCUCCAUUCCCCAUAGACGGCAGGUGCCAGAUCGAGUGAACCCCUUAUGACAUAUAUAUAUACGCCCUCAAUAGUUGACUGAAUAUUAUUUUAGAACUUUUUUUUUCACUGCUUUCUACACAUGAUCAUGUCCAAUGUUUUUGUUCUGGCUGGAACUUGAUUGGAUUCAUGUCCUGCGUGUCUUAUCAUCCUGUUGGUCUGGUCUAUGCUGGUUAAGCUGGAGACAGACCAUUGGAUGGGGGGGUUUGUCAAAGGUAGGAGUGGGGGUAGGAAGGUCACAGUUGCCCCUGCCUGCAUAGUGGCUCACCCACACACACUGUGCCCAUGCCUAGACUGUCUUUAUGUUGUAUGUAUGUAUAUGUAUGUAUAUGUAUGUACACUAUUUAAUUCAUAACAAUAAAGGAAAGUUCUUUAGUUCACA